AUUAACGUGACUGUGUCAGCUGGAUCAGCAGCCAUCCCACUGCUCCCUUUGUCAGAGGGUGCUGAGAGUAGGGAGGCAUGGAGGAGAGCAAGAAGGAGAUGGUGAAUCGAGCUCACCUCCUCUUUGACCGGUUUGUGCAGGCCACCACCUGCAAGGGGACCCUCAAGGCCUUCCAAGAGCUCUGUGACCACCUGGAGCUGAAGCCGAAGGACUACCGCUCCUUUUAUCACAAACUCAAGUCCAAGCUUAACUACUGGAAAGCCAAAGCCCUCUGGGCAAAGCUGGACAAACGGGGCAGCCACAAGGACUACAAAAAGGGGAAAGCAUGUGCCAACACCAAGUGUCUCAUCAUUGGAGCUGGCCCCUGUGGUCUCCGCACAGCUAUUGACUUAUCCUUAUUGGGAGCUAAGGUGGUCGUUAUUGAGAAACGAGAUGCCUUCUCCCGCAACAAUGUCUUGCAUCUCUGGCCAUUCACCAUACAUGAUCUGCGAGGUCUGGGUGCCAAGAAGUUCUAUGGCAAGUUCUGUGCUGGAGCCAUUGACCAUAUCAGUAUCCGUCAGCUUCAACUAAUACUUUUGAAAGUAGCCUUGAUCCUAGGCAUUGAAAUCCAUGUCAAUGUGGAAUUCCAAGGACUUGUACAGCCUCCUGAGGACCAAGAAAAUGAACGGAUAGGUUGGCGGGCACUAGUGCACCCCAAAACUCAUCCUGUAUCGGAGUACGAAUUUGAAGUGAUCAUCGGAGGGGAUGGCCGGAGGAACACCUUGGAAGGAUUUCGUCGCAAAGAAUUUCGUGGCAAACUGGCCAUUGCCAUUACAGCAAAUUUUAUUAACAGAAAUACAACAGCAGAAGCCAAAGUGGAAGAGAUCAGUGGUGUGGCUUUUAUUUUCAACCAAAAAUUUUUCCAGCAACUGAGGGAAGCCACAGGUAUCGACUUGGAGAACAUCGUCUACUAUAAAGAUGACACGCACUAUUUCGUUAUGACAGCCAAAAAGCAGAGUUUACUGGACAAAGGGGUGAUACUGCAUGACUACGCCGACACAGAGCUCUUGCUUUCCCGGGAAAAUGUGGACCAAGAGGCUCUGCUGAGCUAUGCCAGGGAGGCAGCAGACUUUUCCACCCAGCAGCAGCUGCCAUCUCUGGAUUUUGCCAUCAAUCACUAUGGGCAGCCCGACGUGGCCAUGUUUGACUUCACUUGUAUGUAUGCCUCCGAGAACGCCGCCUUAGUGCGUGAGCAGAAUGGACACCAAUUAUUAGUGGCUCUGGUUGGGGACAGCCUCCUGGAGCCUUUUUGGCCAAUGGGAACAGGAAUAGCCCGGGGCUUUUUAGCUGCUAUGGACUCUGCCUGGAUGGUACGAAGUUGGUCUCUAGGAACAAGUCCCCUGGAAGUCCUAGCAGAGAGGGAGAGUAUUUAUAGGUUGCUGCCCCAGACCACCCCUGAGAAUGUGAGUAAAAACUUCAGCCAAUACAGCAUAGACCCUGUCACCAGAUAUCCCAAUAUUAACGUCAACUUCCUCCGGCCAAGCCAGGUGCGCCAUUUAUAUGAUACUGGAGAAACAAAAGAUAUUCAUCUGGAAAUGGAGAACCUGGUGAAUUCCCGAACUACCCCAAAGUUGAUACGCAAUGAGUCUGUAGCUCGUUCAAGCAAACUGCUGGGUUGGUGCCAGAGGCAGACCGAUGGCUACGCAGGGGUGAAUGUGACAGACCUCACCAUGUCUUGGAAAAGUGGCCUGGCCCUGUGUGCGAUUAUCCACAGAUACCGCCCCGAUCUGAUAGAUUUUGAUUCUUUGGAUGAGCAAAAUGUGGAGAAGAAUAACCAACUGGCCUUUGAUAUUGCUGAGAAGGAACUGGGCAUUUCUCCCAUCAUGACAGGCAAAGAAAUGGCCUCGGUGGGGGAGCCCGACAAGCUGUCCAUGGUGAUGUACCUGACUCAGUUCUACGAGAUGUUCAAGGACUCGCUCUCCUCCAGGGACGCCUUGGCCCUGAAUGCUGAGGAGAAGGCAGUCCUGAUAGCCAGCACCAAGUCUCCCAUCUCCUUCCUAAGCAAACUCGGGCAGACCAUCUCUCGGAAGCGUUCUCCCAAGGAUAAAAAGGAAAAGGACUUGGAUGGUGCUGGAAAGAGGAGAAAGACUAGUCAAUCAGAAGAGGAGGAGGUACCCCGGGGCUACCGAGGAGGAAGGCCCACGCUGGUGAGCACUCUGACGGACAGGAGGAUGGACGUGGCCCUCGGUAACCAGAACAAAGUGAAGUACAUGGCAACCCAGCUGCUGGCCAAAUUUGAAGAGAACGCACCGCCACAGUCCACUGGCAUGAGGAGACAGCCGACACAGGAGCGUGGGGUGAGCCAGCCAUCCUGCUGCCUGCCUGAGCAGGGUCGCCCUGCUUCCAUCCCCCAGUGGAAACAGCGACGGGAAAAGGAGCGUUCUCGGACCUGUCCCAAAAAAGUGAUCACACUUUCUCCUCCCCCUACUCCCUGUCGGGCGCGUGGCAGCCAGCAGACUUACAGGGAUCUUGGUGCUGACAGCCGUGGCAAGCAGAGUCCCCACCAUGAGAGGCCAGAGCCUGAACCUUCUCGUCGAUUUUUUGUUGACCAGUGGGAGCUUUCUCUUAGUCUCCGCUCUUCCAACCGCCCCGCCUCUCCCUCCUCUGACUCCCUCCGACAGAAGUAUAUAAAGAUGUACACGGGCGGAGUGAGCUCAUUGGCUGAGCAGAUAGCCAAUCAGCUUCAAAGGAAAGAACAGCCCAAAACCCUUCUAGACAAGAAGGAACUGGGCUCCGUGAAGAAGGAGUUCCCGCAGAACCUGGGAGGCAGCGACACGUGCUAUUUUUGCCAGAAGCGAGUCUACGUGAUGGAGAGGCUGAGCGCCGAGGGCAAGUUCUUCCACCGGAGCUGCUUCCAGUGCGAGCACUGCGCCGCCACGCUGCGCCUGUCGGCCUACGCCUACGACGCCGCGGCCGGUAAAUUCUACUGCAAACCGCACUACUGUUACCGACUCUCCGGCUCCGCCCAGAGGAAGAGACCAGCACUGGCUCCUCUGUCUGGAAAGGAGGCCAGAGGACCCCUGCAGGAUGGCCCCACUGCAGACGCAAAUGGACGGGCCAACGCCAUCACCAGCCCUGCUGCGAGAACUCCAGGUUCAGGUGUGAAUGGCCUGGAGGAGCCCAGCAUUGCCAAGAGGCUGAGGGGUACUCCUGAAAGGAUUGAGCUGGAGAACUACCGCCUGUCUGUGAAACAGGCAGAGGAGCUGGAGGAGGUGCCCGAGGAGACGCAGGCUGAGCACAACCUGAGCAGCGUGCUGGACAAGGGCGCAGAGGAGGACGUGGCCAGCAGCAGUUCUGAGUCUGAAAUGGAGGAGGAGGACGAGGAGGAGGACGAGGAGGAGGAGCAGCCUCCGCUGCCCACCUCGGACCUGGGCGGUGUUCCUUGGAAGGAGGCUGUGAGGAUCCAUGCUCUUCUGAAAGGGAAGAGUGAAGAGGAACUGGAGGCCUCGAAGAGCUACGAGCCUGGGAAUGAAGAGGACGAGGAGGAGGAGGAGGACGAGGAGGAGGAGGAGGAGGAGUAUGACGAGGAGGAGGAAGAGUCUAGUGAAGAAGGGGAGUAUUGCCCCUGGGACAGAGAACUCCGGCAAGGCCAGUGGCUCCAGCAUCUGUCAGAAGAAGAAGACACGGCCGGGAGCCACAGGCUACAGCAGAUCAUGAAUCCAGCCGAUCCCUUGGAGAUCCAGGCUGAUGUGCACUGGACGCAUAUUCAUGAGAAAGAGGAGGAAGAGCAAAUGGUGCCGACCUCUGAGUCCUCUACUUCUAGAGUGCCUGGCCUUCCCUCCAUACGCCGCGCAGCAGUGCAGGCCUGGCUGGAGACGGUCUCCCGAGUUCCAUUUGAUGAGAAUGACCUGGAGGAAGAUGUGGACUCGGAGCCGGCAGAGAUAGAAGGGGAGGCAGCAGAGAAUGGGGACACAGGGGACACUGGUGCUGAGCUGGAUGAUGAUCAGCACUGGUCUGAUGACGUCCCCUCAGAUGCCGACACGGAGCUGCGCCUGCAGCACCAGGCAGCAGUGGAGGCGGAGCUGGAGUUGAGGGUAUCAGAAAAUGAGGAGGAGCCACCACCGGCCACACCAAGGCGCCAAGAGAGAGGUCCUUCCCAAGUCUCCAGCCCCACUCGGUCCCCUGAGGAACAGCCUGUCCUCUUCUCCCCAGUGCACAGCCCUGAGACAGAGGGGGCCCAAAGCCCACUCACCUCUGCCGCUGCCAACGGGAAAUCACCCGGAGAGCACCUUUUCCCCGAGCCUUUGCUCCUCACAGCAAAGCCCAGAGCAGAAGCACCCACUGAUCAGAAAGUGGUGCCCUCUCCCAUCCGCUCACAGCCAGUGGCUCUGCCGGAAGCCAGGACAUCUACCACCCCAGUUAGCUCGCAGCACCUGUCAUCGUUGGCCGCCUCCACCCCUCCCACCCAGCUCCCCAUUUGCUCCCAGCCUCAGCCUUCCUCUGAGGCCACUGUCCCAUCCCCAACCAAGUCCCCCAUACGCUUCCAGCCUGUUCCAGCCAAAACAUCGACCCCCCUGACCCCCAUCCCCAUGAAGAACCAAGGGGAUGCCAAGGACAGCCUGGGUAGCCCUCUUGCUGUGGACGAGGUCCUGAAACGGAAUGACCUAGUGGCAGAGUUCUGGAUGAAGAGCGCCGAAAUCCGCCGCAGCCUUGGGCUAACACCCGUACAUCGGAGCAAAGGGCCGGAGCCCAGCUUCCCCUCACCUGCCUUUAAGCCAGUGUCCCCAAAGUCCUAUUCAGUUGAGAAGUCUCCGCAGGGUGAGGGGCUCCAUCUUCUAAAACCACCACCUAUUCCCAAGAGGCUGGGCCUGCCAAAGUCAGAUGGUGACCAGCCCUCCCUGCCGACCCCCAAGUCCCCCUCUGACAGACAGCUGAAGAGCUCCCACGAGGAGCAGAGAGACCUGUCCAGCAGCUCCGGGCUGGGCCUUCAAGAAAGCUCCUCCAACAUGAAGACUCUGGGCAGCCAGAGCUUCAACACCUCGGACUCCACCAUGCUCACUCCGCCUUCCAGCCCGCCCCCCCCUCCGCCUCCGGACGAGGAGCCCGCCACUCUUCAAGGGAAGCCGUAUCAGGGGUACGAGCAUAAGGAAGCUGGGCCCAAGGCCUCAGUGAUCCCACCUCUGCCACCUGCUACCUUUAUGCGUCCCCCCCGGGAGUCUGCCCGGCCCCCCCAGGAGGAGUUGCGGAAGUCAUUUGUAGAGAGUGUGGAGGAGAUCCCCUUUGCCGAUGAUGUGGAAGACACGUAUGAUGACAAGACUGAAGACUCAAGUCUGCAGGAGAAGUUCUUCACACCCCCCUCCUGCUGGUCCUGCUCUGAGAAGCCCCUCCAGCCACCCCUAGCCAAGGAGAAUGGUAGGUUGCCUACUCAGGAGAGUGGGGUCCAGCCACAGAAGAGGGGGCUGCCCUUAGUCUCUCCAGAAGCCAAGGAGCUGGCUGAGGAGCGCAUGCGAGCCAGGGAGAAGUCUGUCAAGAGCCAGGCAUUGAGAGAUGCCAUGGCCAAGCAGCUGAGUAGGAUGAAGGAGAUGGAGAUGGCAGCUGGGACCUCCAGGCCCCCCGGUGGCACCGCCCGCAGAGCCGCCUCUGUGCUCUCCAAGGGCAAAGAAGUCGGCCCAGAGUCUCCUAAGUGCCCAGUGCUAAAAGGCCCCGAGGAGCCCACCCUGAAGCAUGAAGCCACUAGUGAGGGGGUCCUCUCUCCUCCAUCGGACUCAGGGGGCCCAGAUGGUUCAGUCACCUCAUCUGAGGGCUCCAGUGGGAAGAGCAAGAAGAGAUCGUCACUCUUCUCCCCUCGCAGAAACAAGAAAGAGAAGAAGUCCAAAGGAGCGGGCCGGCCCCCGGAGAAGCCCAGCCCAAGCCUCCUAGAGGAAGCAGCCACCAAGCCCAAGUCCUUGUGGAAGUCAGUCUUCUCUGGGUACAAGAAGGACAAGAAGAAGAAGGGUGAGGACAAGUCCUGCUCCAGCACCCCUUCCAGCAGGACCACUGUGGACUCGGGCAAGCACAGGAUGUCUCCUCUCAUGAAGGCAGGGCUGCAGCUCGGGCGCCAGCUGAGUUUCUCGGAGGACUCUGACCUCUCCAGUGACGACAUCCUGGAGAGGUCCUCCCAGAAGUCUAGGCGAGAGUCGAUUUAUGUGCCACACGCCUUGGCAUUCAGGAGAUCAUAUGCAUCAAAGCCAAGAACCUACACAGAGGAGGAGCUGAAUGCCAAGCUGACCCGCCGCGUGCAGAAGGCAGCUCGGAGACAGGCCAAGCAAGAGGAACUGAAGCGGCUGCACCGAGCCCAGAUCAUCCAGCGGCAGCUGGAGCAGGUGGAGGAGAAGCAGAGGCAGCUGGAGGAGAGAGGGGUCGCUGUGGAGAAGGCACUCCGCGGUGAGGCAGACUAUUGGGGAGAGGCUUAUUACAGUGACCUCAUCGACUUGCAUCUGGGUGUUGAGCCCAGUGGCGGGACUCCACGGCGUAGACCUCUCUCCUUCUGCCCUUGCUGUGUCCAGGAAGGAAUGGGCAAGAAGGAUGACCCCAAGCUGAUGCAGGAGUGGUUCAAGCUGGUGCAAGAGAAGAAUGCCAUGGUGCGCUACGAGUCGGAGCUGAUGAUUUUCGCCCGGGAGCUGGAACUGGAAGACCGGCAGAGCCGCCUGCAGCAGGAGCUCCGGGAGCGGAUGGCAGUGGAAGAUCACCUGAAGACUGAGGAGGAGUUGUCAGAGGAGAAGAAGAUCCUGAAUGAGAUGCUGGACGUAGUGGAGCAGAGAGAUGCCCUCGUGGCCCUGCUGGAGGAGCAGCGGCUCCGGGAAAAAGAGGAGGACAAGGACCUGGAGGCCGUCAUGCUGUCAAAGGGCUUCAGCCUGAACUGGUCCUGAGCUCCUGCCGGUGCCCUGGCUGGCUGGUCUGCAGCAUCUGCCCAACCUGGGCUGGGUUCUCCCAAACCGCCCAGAUCUGAGAUCUGAGAAGGCCUGGCACCUCCAGGAGUUUGCACUCAAAUGUCCACACGCCUCUUGAAAGUGAGCCAAGUGUCUGUGCGGCUGGGAGCCCCAGGUGGAGAUGAUUACCUGAGAUGGCUCAGCCUCCUCGGAAGAGGCCCACCCUGACUUCCCGCUCCAGGGAGAGAGCCUAGAGUGUUUGCCAGAUGAUGUGGGAAAAGGAGAAUCUGCACGCUCCCUGAGGACGUGGUGGCUGGUGCCUUCUUGCACAGGCGCGUUCGGUGAGAGAAGGAAGCAGCCCCUCUCUGCCAGGCCCGCAGCCAAGAGCGCCCCUCGCUGGAGCGCAGGGGCCGCUGGCUUCUCAUGCUCCCUGAAGACCACCAAAGAAACAGAGGCGGCUCUCCAGGAAAGCGAGAUGUGAACCACGACCAGGAGGGGCAGGGCCAAGCCAGGGCGGCGCCCACCCCAGCAUCACAGGGGAGCCAAGGGUGGGCUGGCUCCCAGAUUCAUUAUGCAAGUAAGGAGGACCCUGGAGGGGUCUGCUCCCAGCCCCUGAACCACACACUGGACCCUACGUGGCCAAAUGCCCAGGCCUCUCUGGCUGUGGCCUGAGGCCUGUGGAUUGUUGCAUUUUGCUUUAAUUCACAACUGUUUGACACUGGAAAAUGCUGACUUCAGGGGACAGGGGUGAGGCCUGCCUUUCAAGCCCCCAGUUGACAGUGUUGUCACUGUUCCACACUUCUUGUCGGGCAGGAGACAAUCUUGUCCUUGGCGUCUUUCCUGUGUUUGCACAUUGAAACUCUCCACCACUUCAGACCCUUUUUGUCAGUUAACUUAUUUUUUUAAUACUUGAAAAGAAGCAACUUCAUUUUUAUAUCUUUACUAGAGACACUGAUCGCCCGGCAGCUGCUGCGGGAGUGACAAGGGUGUCCCGCUUGUGCUGCACAGUCUCACCGCACGCCGACCACAGGCUCGCCACGUUGCCUGUCCUGGGCCUCCUUCAGUGUCUCGGGCGGGCGGCCGGGGUGCCCUGUGGCCUUGUGCAGCCCUUGCCCACAGCCCUGUGUUUCCUCCUGCACUUGGUGUCUGGCCCUCUUCCUUCACCCGGCUCCCUGCGUGCGCUCUGGCGCCAGCCUUCAUGUCUGCCCCAGCCACUCAUCAGGGAUACAUUUCAGCACUGCUUGCGGCCAAGCCAGAAGGCACAGAUGCCGCUUGUCUCUCCCUGUUGGGACCUUGGCUCUGUAGAACCCAUGUUUUUCUCAGUUUUGGUGCCAGAGUUUAACCUCCCACCACACAUUUGCUAAAGAAAGUCUUUGGGUAAGCCUCUCCCAGGCUGGCUGAGACAGUAUGAUGGGACCUUGUAAACCAUCCGGCUGGUGAGAGUUCCCUCAGCCCAGCCUCAGCUCCAACCAGAGAGAAAUGCACCUGCUGCAGCACAUAUUGGAUUUAGGUUGGUCUCACAGACAGGUAAAACUCCAGCCCAACCUCCCCUUUACCUGGAUCUCCAUGGGAAGCUGGGGGAUGAUGAGCACCAGGCAACUGGCUUCUUGAGCCAAACUCUGCUCGGUUCUCCUGGUUCAGCCAGGGACUGGCUGUGUACAGCUCGUAGAACGACUGUCUGAGAACAUCAGGCCAGACCGUGCUUGUCCAUCCACAGAAUUAGCACACAACCCAGAAAGGAUUGCCAACAGUGCCAGGCGAAUCUAGAAGGAUCGUCCAGCCAACUGCUGGAGGAGAGGGGCCAGUGUAGAGAGAGCAGAGCCCUCGCAGCCCUGAUCGGGCGUCCAUGCUGACCGUGGAGCUUCUGUGGGAAACCAGACUGUGCCUCAACUUGCGCAUCCAUUCUCACCACAAAGGGGCAAAGAACCUGUCUUAUUCCUCACUUUGUCCAAAAGCUGCCAUCUCUCUCCUGUGGAAAUCCAGGAGAUGUGCUGCUAGCAACUGUCACAGCUCCAACAUUCUUCACUUCAUGUUUUCUGAUGAGGCAGAGUCUCCAUUUUUAUUCUCUUUUCUUAUGAAGGGGGAGAGGAAGGUGUUCUGGAUUCUAUCUUUAAACCCCAACCUUCCAAUAAAAUUGGACUUGGGACAGGACCUUCCUCGCCCCUGUGGCCUUUUCCCUAACCCUCUCCACCUCUCGCUGUGCCCAGAGCUGGCCCAGCCCUGGGAGAGUCCCUCACAGCCCCUGCUCCCCCCAGAGCAGGGGGCGGCACACGGUGGUGCUGCAGAGGGAUGCAGUGCGUGCCCCAAGCGGCCUGAGGGGGCAGGGGCAGCAGAUGUUCCUCGUCAGCCUCGCACGCCCCUGCGUCCUGCCGAAGCACGCGCUGCUGCUGCAGCUCCCAGACAGCUGAGAAGCUUGAAGUCCACCGCCCGCAAUUUCUCCCCAGCUCCCCCCUCCCAGCAGUGUUACGGCUUUGGGUUCUAGUAGAGCACUUUUUUUUAAAGCUCCCAUUUUAUAACCACUAGUUUGCAUUUUAUUUUAAUACCCUGGUGACAUGCUGCAUGAAAUGUUUUCCUGCUCUGGAAAUGUAUGCAGCUCCAGCCAGGUUUUCUUCCCGAGAGUGAAGCCCCCUUGAAGGCAGGGGAGCAGGAAACGUGCCUGUCUCUCAGAGUGCCAGAGUCUGAGUGAGCCAGACAGUGGGCCGCCAGGUUCAGUGUCACCAGAGGGACGCAGAGGCACCCCAGCCUGGGUUCGAGGGCCGCCAGCAGUUCCCUGUGGGUUCUAACCCUGCUCAGAUGACGUCUUCAGUCCUCUGCCCCCUGGAGCCAUCCUCCAGCUGCUUUCAAUCUGCAAUGAUAGACUGUUAUUUAUCCUUUCAAAAAGAGAAGUUUUUCCAUGGGGCAAGAAGUGAAGAGAGUUUAAAGAAAAAAAUGUUGAAGGUGGUAACAACUGAGCUACAAAGGGAAACGGGCCAUUUUAUGCGCAAUAAAAGUUUUUAAAAGAAA